CUUGACGUCUUGUCGUCACUCGUCUUGCUCUUGUGUCAGCUGUUUAUGUCAUCAAAUGUUGAUGAUAAAUAAUUGUGGCUUCUCAUCAUAAUUAUUGUUUAUUAAUUUAUUUAUUAAUGAUACUUAUUGCAAGUCGGACGUUCGGUGUUUUAAGACUGUGAUAAUCGUUAAUAAAGUACUGUUAUUAAACACUUCUGUUAUUUUCGUUGUGUGUAUGUGUCUAUAAGUGACAGUGUAGUGAUUUAUAAUUUAUACGAAGUAUAUUGAAUAAUUUUCUGUUUAAGUCGUAUGCGCACAUAAUAAUGAACUUAUCGUUUGCUGGUUGUGGGUUUCUUGGUAUUUACCAUGUUGGUGUUGCAGUGUGUCUCAAAAAGUAUGCACCUCAGUUGCUUAUAGGAAACAUAUCUGGAGCCUCAUUUGGGGCUCUCUCUGCGUGUUGUUUACUCUGUAACCUGCCAAUUGGUGAUAUCACAAGUGAUGUCCUGAGGAUAGUUGGAGAGGCGAGGGCUGGGUCCCUUGGACCUUUUAGUCCCUCUUUUAGUAUACAAAACCUCCUUUUGGAGGGUAUGCAGAAUCACAUUCCCCACAAUGCACAUGAGAUUGUCAGUGGGAAGCUACAUAUAUCUUUAACGAGGGUCUAUGAUGGCAAUAAUGUUAUUGUAUCUGAGUUCCCGACUAGAGAAGAUUUGUUACAAGCUCUACUAGCGUCAUGUUUCGUCCCAGUGUUCUCUGGAAUGUUGCCGCCGCGGUUCCACGGCAUAAGGUACAUGGACGGCGGUUUCAGCGACAAUUUGCCGGUGUUGGAUGAGAACACCAUCACAGUGAGCCCGUUCUGCGGCGAAAGCGACAUAUGCCCCAGAGACGUCAGCUCACAACUGUUUCACGUGAAUAUAGCCAACACCAGCAUAGAGCUUUCGAGGCAGAACAUAAACCGGUUCGCGCGGAUCCUGUUCCCGCCCAAGCCGGAGGUACUCAGCAACAUGUGCAAGCAGGGCUUCGACGACGCGUUGCGCUAUCUGCACAGCAAUAAACUGAUCUCGUGUACCAGGUGUCUGGAGGUGCAGACAACGUUCAGAUUGCAAGAUGUCCUAGACGACAGCGCGUACGAAUACGAUCCAGAGUGUGAACAGUGCAAGACGCAUAGAGAGGUAGCGCUCGUGGACGACCUGCCGGACACGGUGAUGACGAUAUUCCAGCAAGCGAUCGACUCUGCCAACACCGGCAUCGUCAACUGGGUCAUGCGGCAACGCGGCAUGCGCUGCGUGUCGCUGCUCACGCUACCCUAUCGAGUACCAGUCGAUAUUAUGUACGCCACUGUCACCAAUUAUGUCGGUGAUAAGGUAGAGACGCACGCGGUUCAGUACACGGUGGUGGGGAGCAUGCACGUUCGUAGGAAGGUGUGCAUCCGUCACAACAACGUCAUGACUAGAUUUGUGGCGUGCACACCGAAGAUGAGCAAAUCUUUGUGGAAGUUGAGCUGGAAACUCCUGCGACAGUUGCACGCGUUCGUCUAUUCAGCGCACGAUCGUUCUGACGCCGCGCGGAUCUACUUGAAGCUUUCCAACCAUCGGGAAGAACACCAUCGACUUGAUAAAAGGCGGGCGAGCGAGUUGCGCGCGAGCUACGGCGACGUACCUGCAGACAACACGUUCGAGCACAUCUUCAACGUGACGGCCAACAACGAUGCGCUGCUGGCCUACUACUACCUCGAUAGCGACAACAAGAUGAAGAUGACAGAGAUCUAUGACGUGACCGACGCGGACACAGACGCGGUGCAGUCGCCCACCGAGCGCGACGCCAACACGCGGCUCGAGUACGACAACGAGGACUGGUCUGGCGCACUCAUGGCCGACGACGUGUUAGAACAUAUAGACUGCGAGCGUCUCGCGAAGACAGUUAACAAGCGUGCCGUCAUCCUCACCAACUUCAUGCUCAGCAAUCUGAUGGAGGCGAUCUCGCAGCUGCUCUGCAACACUACGCUACUGACGUCACUGCAGAUUGAGGGGUUGCCUCUAAAGAUACCCUAUUUAAAUCCUCUGAAUGAGGCAUUGCUUAGAAACACUUCUCUUCAACAUCUCUAUUUGCCACGAUGCUUGAUUGGCGACGCGGGCUGUUUGGCUAUUUGUAAAGCGGUCAGAUGUCUACCGAACAUUCUCACCAUGGACCUCAGUGGCUGUGAGCUCACGCCACUUGGGGCUGGCUAUAUAGCUGAUUUGCUAAAGUAUCAAAAAAUCCAUCGCUACAGUGAAAACUGGGUGCACACUCUGCGCUAUCGGCUGCCAGAGUUAGAUACAAUGGCGGGCUUGAGGAGAAUCACAUUGUGCGGGAACACGCAACUUGGAGAUGCAGGACUCGGCAAACUGCUGGACGUCCUAGCAGACGAUUUGUGGAUUAAAGCUCUGGACGUCCAAAACUGUGGUCUAACGGAAGAGUCUGCGGCUGCCGUCCUACAAAUGAUGGCGUCAAAUACAACUAUCGUUGUGUUGGACGUAAGACACAACGUUUUAUCAAGCGAGUCGUUGUCCAAAAUCCGGUCUGCACUUAGGCAGAAUGAAAGGGGUAUUGGCGCACAGUAUUCGUGGCUCGGGAACCUGUCUAGCUCCUCAAGUGAAGGCAGGAUAAUAAAGUCAGUUCCUUCGAAAAAUGGAAUUACUAAAGAUCGAGCACCCGCUCAUAUUAAGACUGCACCUAGUAAAUACAACGUCAAAUCUAACAUAGUUAAAAAGGAAAGAGAUUACACAGAAUUGUUAGAAGAGCAGUUGCAAGAUGAGACGUCUCACCGUCGACAGCUCGAGGAGCUGAACGAGAGGCUGGUGCAACAGAUGAAGUCGCUGAAACAACAGCAGAUACAGCUGUGGCAGAACUCGCCCUCGUCUAGUUCAGAGCAGUCGUUCCAGGGAAGUUCAAGGUCUGGAGAUUUGUCGAACAGCUCUGGUUCCUCAAGCUCAGUGCCCAUAGAUCAGAGCACACUAUCCUAUAUACAGCAAGCUUUUAAAGAUAUCUACGCGUUUAUCAAGAACAACCAGUGUCAUGGGCAAUGUCAUUUGGACAUAUUCGAAGAGGAGGAAUCGGAAGAACAGAAAGAGCUAAUAGAGCCGAUAGCAAUAACAGAAGUGGAGAAAACUGAUGUUAGAGAUGUCCGCGUAAACAUCGUGCCUAAGAAAGCUCAGAGCACGCACUGGAAAUUGACAGAAAAUGUUAAGAAGAAGAAAAUUACUCAGUCGGCGCAUUUGCUCGGGGCUACACAGCGUCACGUUAAGAAAGAAACGACACUUGAAAUGGUCGAGAGACAGAUGGGCGAUACGACAGACGUGGUCAGAGAUGAUGUUAUAAAAGAAGUGAUUGCAGCAGAGAAAGAUCCCAAACGAAAUAUCCAAGAUAGCCCUCGCAGUAGCGUCGUAAGCGACUCAUCCGACACUCUUGUUUACUCGCCAAAAUCGCCUCACACCGAGAGAGUGUAUCACUCGCCGUGUGUCGAGACCGUGUAUGAGUCUCCUCGGCGCGAGAGUGUGAACAGGAGUAUAGCGGGCGACUCGCGGGAGAAUACAACGUACCAACAUUACAACCUGAACCCACGAAACGUGCUAUACUCAUCCUCAGAUGAAGACUCGUGAUGGAAGAUCUUUUGUAUUGCCUUUGUUAUUUUGUGUCAAGAUUAAAGUAUUUUUUUUUCAA